AUGGGUUCGACCGAUUACAAGUUUGAGGGCUGGAUGGGCCUCGAUGCCAGUGCUGCUCAGGGCAACAUGAAGUGGCAGGAGUUCGAGCCUAAGCCCUGGAGGAGACCGAUGUCGAUAUCCAGUGGAUGGGGUCCUACUACCUACCCCUGCUGCGUUGGCCACGAAAUUGUCGGCAAGGCUAUCCGCGUCGGGUCCAAGGCCACCGGCGACAUUAAGAUUGGCGACCGCGUCGGUGUUGGCGCUCAGAGCGGUUCGUGCCAGAACUACGAUGGAAACUGCGAGGCCUGUGCCAACAGCCUGGAGCAGCACUGCAACCGUAUGACCGGAACAUACAAUGGAACAUUCUUGAACGGCGGCAAGUCCUACGGAGGAUACGCCCUGUACAACCGCUCGCCAUCACACUUUGUUAUCAAAAUCCCCGACGCCAUUCCCUCCGCCGAGGCUGCACCUAUGCUUUGUGGUGGCAUCACCACUUAUUCUCCCCUCCGCCAGCACGGUUGCGGCCCCGGUAAGAAGGUCGGUAUCGUCGGUGUCGGUGGACUGGGUCACUUUGGUAUUCUGUUUGCCAAGGCCCUGGGCGCCGACAAGGUUGUCGCUAUCUCACGCAAGGCCAACAAGAAGGAGGAUGCGCUGAAGCUGGGAGCCGACGCUUAUAUCGCCACCGACGAUGAUGAGGACUGGGCCAAUCAUCACAAUCAGUCUUUGGACCUGAUCAUCUCGACAGUUUCCUCGUCUAAGAUGCCUAUCGUUGGAUACUGUCAACUUCUGCGCACCCGUGGAACCUUUGUUCAGCUGGGGGCCCCCGAGGAUGGUGGUCUCGAGAUCCCUGCCUUCAGCUUGAUCGCUCGGGGUAUCAAGCUCGGUGGCUCUUUGAUUGGUAGCCCCGAUGAGAUCCGUGAGAUGCUGGAUCUCGCUGCCACCAAGGAUAUUCACCCCUGGAUCGAGGAGAGGCCCAUGGAGGAGGCCAACCAAGCCAUUCUGGACAUGGAUGCGGGCAAAGCUCGCUAUCGCCUUGUGCUUGCCAACAAGUGGUAA